UGGGAGCUGUUGAAAACUAGUUAUUGAAUAGAAUUAAUAAAAUAUAUAAAUAAUAAAUAAAAAAAAAGAUUAAUGAUAUGUAUUAUAUAAAAAGAAACUAUCCAAGAUAAUCGAAUAAUAAGAAACAUGAUAGGAAUCUGAAUUUCUGGGUCAGUAUCGGUAUCUGGAAGUGUUUAGUCUGUUCUCUAUUGUACAAAUCAGGAGAAGAGUACUGUUCAACAGAUUUGAAAACUACCACCACAAGAAGCAAAUAUUUCAAAUUCGUUAUGCUGUGCCACUUGAUUAGCACCAAACAAGGCACACUGGAGUGAUCAUAUGCUUUGACAAAAGUCUUGACCCAAAGCCUUAAAAACCAAGAGAGAUUCCUUCUCAACAUGUGUAGCAAGAAGACAGAAACAAUACUCAAACUUAUUUAUUAGACAUUAACCAAGUUUAAAGCUCAUGAUCCCAGCUAAAAGGCUGCUGAAGAAGUUAUCUCUCUGUGUACAAACAUUUUCAGGAAAAGAAUCCUAAUAGAUAUUUCAACUCUAAAGUUUUUAGCAUACUAGUGUUAACAUGCCAACCCAUCCUUUAUUAGCAUACAUGGCAAGUCCAGAUGGGCUAGGCCAUGACAUAGUGAAUAAUACUAAUGCUAACAUGCCAGGUGCUGGCUCCAGCAUGACACCACACACAAGUAUUCAAGACAAGGGUUUGUCUCAGGCUGAAGGAUGUAUGCCUUUGGACUGUAUGUUUUGUGAGCAGACCUUUAAACACCAAGAGGAGCUUGGGCGUCACGUCCAGACCCAACACAGAACAACAUUGUGCGAGCCUGCCGUUCUGUGCGUGGAAGCAGCGUUUUUAGCUCCAAACGAGAAAGGCAGAAUAAAAGCCACUUCUGUGCUGCAUGGAGAUAAAGUCAGUAAAGAAGAGGAGGAGGAGUUUAGUUGUGAAGUUUGUUGGCAGGCCGCUGAGGACGCCACAGAUCUGGAAAAUCAUAUGAAGAAGCACAAAGACUCGUUCACUUAUGGUUGUAAUGUUUGUGGAAGACGAUUUAAGGAGCCCUGGUUUCUGAAAAAUCACAUGAGGACGCACACAGGGAAGCCAGGAGCAAAAAACAAGCCUCAGGCUGACACAGAAGUCUCUGCGACUAUCAACGAGGUCGUUCAAGACCAAAUUACUGGGAAUGUCAUUUCUCCCUACAAAAUGUGCAUGGUGUGCGGGUUCCUGUUCUCAAGUAAAGACAUUUUAAUGGAGCACAGUAGAGUUCACAACCCUGACUCCGAGACCAAUGAUGAGGAAAAGAAACCUGUAGAGGAACAGCCUGUUACUGGAUCACCUGUAUCCCAAGAGUCCUUUCUUCAGCUGCUUAACUUGCGCCCGCACACCUCCAAAACCAGCACGAAAGCCGAAAAGUCUGCAAAAUGGAUCGAGCAGCUUGACCCUUUUAAUACUUACCAGGCUUGGCAGCUAGCCACAAAAGGCAAAAUUGCUGUCGGGCCGGGGCAGACCAAAGAACCCGGUCACGAGAUCAGCACUGACAAUGAAGAUUCCUGCUCAGAUAAAGAAGAACUCCAUGAAAUAUGGUCCACCGGUAGAAGUUACAAUCCAGUUAAUGAGGGCUUAAUUUGUAAACUGAAAUCUAAAAGUGCCAAUGGGGACACCCCUUCCCCAGAUAUGGAUCACAAGUCUCUACAGAGCAAGGAAAAGCCAACUCAAUGUGGGGAUUGUGGGAAGACCUUUAGAACCUACCACCAGCUGGUGCUCCACUCCAGAAUACACAAGAAGGAAAGGAACGGUGCUGAGAGUCCUAUCUCCAUUGAUGGCAAGCAGUUAAGUACUGGAUCUAUGGAAAGUGGCAUAUUGGACCGAACUGAAGAAUGUUCUGAAGAUGGCUCAGAAGAGGGAGUACACGGUGAUAUAUUUCAUUCAGAUAAAAGUGAAGAUGGCUCUGAGAAAGGAAAGAGCAAAAGUCUUGGCUCCUCCAAAGAGUGCAGUUACUGUGGAAAGACUUUCCGCUCAAAUUAUUACCUCAACAUUCAUCUCAGGACACACACAGGUGAAAAACCGUACAAAUGUGAAUUCUGUGAGUAUGCUGCAGCUCAGAAGACAUCGUUAAGAUAUCACUUGGAGAGACACCACAAAGACAAACAUUCUGAAGCUGAACUUGCUGGUAAACCUUUAUCGGCAUCACCUGCUCCUGAAGAAGCCUUACCAAGCAAGGAUAAAUCUGCUCAGGAAUUAGCUUGCACAAAAGGUGCGUCUAAACACCUUGAUACUGACCAAAAUGCAAAACAACGCAAACAAUUGUGGUCUUCACCCACAUCCAGCAUGGUGCUUAACAGUGCUUCACGUGUUGGCUUGAAAAGUGAGCAUCUGGACAAAACCACAGUGAUCAAGAAAUCCUGCCAGGCUGCCCAGAACACCGUAGUAAAAUCAGAAACAGAAAGUCUUGUGUCCAGUGAUUCUUUAGGGUUGGGAAGUGGGGCCCAUGACAUCAGUGAUUCAGCGUCACUCAAACUGAAGUUGGAACGAAAAGAAAUAAAAGAGGACUCCUCAUUUGAGAAACCAUUAAAUUUGUCCUUUAAAAUGUCUCUUUCUGUUUCCUCUACCUCGGAUCCUAAUAGUGCUUUAACAACUAGUACCUGCCCUUUUUGUACUUAUAAAACUCUAUACCCUGAAGUCCUUUUGAUGCACCAGAAGUUGGUGCAUAAAUACAAGCCUGAUGUUCUCAGCACACAUGGGUUAAAAAGUACUGCUGCCCUCAAACAAAAAAGAUACACUGGAUGCCCCCCUGCCCUUGAGGGAAAAGAUGUUUCCCCCUUGCCUUUGUUUCACAGAAGCCACCCUCGGCGAACCAAGUCUCCACCUCACCAGCAAGCAAAGCCCCUUAGCAAAAUAAACCCAACUAAGAAUACUCUGCCUGCUGUGCAAGCUCCUGAAGUAGAAUCAAGAAAAGUAGCUCAGAACAGGAGGGGGGACCCGCAGCAAAAUCCCUGUCGGCUAAAUCAAACUGAAGUUGGACAAGGCACUUCUGAAGCUCAUCCCAAAAGGGAUGGAGAUGUCGCUCUGUCCAUAAGACCCAAUUUUUUAGGCAGCGAAGGGCUUGUGCACAGAGGUCGUCAGAUUAGAAAUGGAGAUCUGUGGCCAGGUGAUUCUGUAAGGGUAAGCCUUUCCAAUGGGAAUGGAAACCCAGUGCAUUUGGACUUUGGAGAGCCCUCCAAUAAGAGAUGCAAGUCUUCCAGUUCGGCAAGCCAUGAGCAAGCCAUUUCUGAGAGUAGUUUCAGGAGAGGUGACAACCACGGCAGGCUGUUUGUUCCAGGGAGAAACAUGGUGACGUCUAAGGAAAGCUCACCCACCACAGCAGCACGUUCCUUUUCUCCAGUGAAAAUGUCGCCCUCUGUACCUGCAAAUGGAGAGGGUCCAGAAUGGAAUGUAUUGAAUAUUCUCCGGACCUACAACCCCCAUGACCUUGCUUCAUUGUACAAUUCUGGUGGCACGGGCACGAGCCAAGGAUCUGUUUCAGUUGUAGAAGGGAAUAGGUCUUUACUCUAUCAGCAUUACCCAAGUAGCAUGCUGCAAAGGAGGAACUAUCCAAGCCCUAGGAGUAAUGCACGUUCUGGACCCACUGAUAAGAAUGCUUAAAAUAUGACCAUUUGACAGAUGACAAUGGUCUGAAUUAAAUGAGAUUGUGCCGCUGUUCUGUUUGCCUUUGUUUGAUGUAACAGAAUG